UUGUUCCACGCUAUUGGAUGCCCACAGCAACAACACAAGAUCUUUAGCUGAAAAAAAUAAUGUCCUGUUACAAUGUUAUUAUUGACCUUUCACUGACAUUUAGUUUAUGCUGAGGUUGCUGUUUUCCAAAGGAUUGCCCCAUAUCAUUAAUACUUCGGAAUCUGUAACUCGAUGCUCUCGAUGACCCUGUUCAGUAGUUAUUGCCAGUCAAAGUUGUGCAGUGUAUAUUGGCACUGCCCAGAGACUGAAGAUAUUACUCAUUGCAAGUCCUUCCUGGAAUCCUAAACAGUCGGAAAAAUGAGCUGACUGGGCUAUGCUUUCAAAUUUGGCCUUUGAUUUGUAGAAGAACUCCCUCACUUUAAUAAAAUCCUUGCCAGUGUUUAUUCAACUUAUUUUAUUGAAAUAUUUUGCCAGGACAGCUAAGUGCAGCUCCAACCUAAGCUCACAAAAAGAUUACAAAUGUCCAAUAUAAGCACAGAUGAUUUAAAGAGAGUCCAAUGUAGCCACUAUAAACAAGCAUGGGCAAUUCAGUUUUGAAUAUUACUUUACAUGCACAGUAUUUUAGUUACUAUGUCCUACAUCUUUGGUUUUCAAUGAAAGAUAAAUGAUAAAUUCAGAAGUGAGAGUUGCCCAAAAAGUGGUAAAACAACAUUUGAAAAUCACAAAGGUAAUGGAAAGGAAGAGCAAUAACCGUUGAAAAGUCAUCAAUCUUAAAAUCCCAUUGGAGAGCAUGACUGUUUGGAGCUUCCAUACUGAGUGUGUGCUGAAAAAGCAAAACCUUCCAUUAAGUUGUUUCCUGAACCUCAGAAACAUCCCUGUGGGGGAAGAAAAAGAGACAAGGGCUUUUCUUUCACGUCAGAUGGCCUUAGAGAGUUGGCCCAGUUAAAGUUCGCUGCCACACAUGUCAGAGAUGUUGUUUGCAAAGGCCAGAGUUUAAGUGGAGAUCUUUUCAGCUGCUCUUCUUCAGGCUGUGCUAAAGUGCUGGAAUCACUGCUGAAGGUAUGUGCUGUGAAGACCACUCCAGCUGAAGACCCCCACUCUCUUCAGACUACAGGAAUACAUUCAUAACACGUGUAGCCAACCAGACGGAAGGCAGAUGAUGAGUUUGGCCUGCGUUCAGCUGUUCUUUGCCGCCACGUUGUGGACACUGCCGUGCAGCACAGCAUCUGUGGCGGUGAGCAGCGCGACACAGCUGCUUCAUCUCAGAGAUGUUUCUGUGGAGGCCCUGCUGAGGAACAGAAGCGACAGCAGCGCGCCUCGAGCGCGGCGGAAACGCUUCAUCUCCAGUAAAGAGAUGACGGCCAUUCUGGACUAUCACAACCGCGUGCGCUCACAGGUCUUCCCACCCGCGGCAAAUAUGGAAUAUAUGCUGUGGGAUGAGAGACUGGCCAAAUCUGCAAAGUCCUGGGCUGCUCAGUGCAUUUGGGAUCAUGGACCGCCUCAUGAUUUGCAACACAUUGGACAGAACCUGUCCAUCAUCUCUGGAAGAUACAGAUCGAUCAUUGACCUGGUAAGAUCCUGGUAUGAUGAAAGACACUAUUUCUCCUACCCCAACAGAUGCAGUGGCUCUGUCUGCACACACUACACUCAGAUGGUGUGGGCGGCCAGCAAUAAGAUUGGGUGUGCUAUCAGAAGAUGUUCAAACAUGUAUGUUUUUGGGAGUAUGUGGAAACAGGCCACCUUUCUGGUUUGCAACUAUUCUAUCAAGGGGAACUGGGUUGGAGAGGCUCCAUAUAAGACAGGGAAACCAUGCUCUGCGUGUCCCUCAAGUUAUGGAGGAUCAUGCAAUAAAAACCAGUGUGACUCCAGAUCCAAAUCCAGAAGAAAUGCAAGUGGUGUUCGAGACUAACAGAUAAAAAAAAAACCCUUCUCUUAAAAAUUAUAAUAAAUAUAUAACUAAAGUUUAAGUCUAGAAACCACUAAAAUGUACAUUUUACAAUGCAAAUUA